AUGUCAUCCUCGAAACGCCAGUCCAUUGUCCCGCGCGUCCAUUCAGGUCCCAAAGCGCCAGUUAACUUUUCGUCCUCUAUCAUCAUAGCGGACUCGGCGCUUCUGGCAGGGAACCACACUAUAAACAUCAGCUCUGAGUCUGUCGUACAUCCCCGAGCAAAGCUUGACUCUUCUAACGGGAGGAUCACGAUUGGCCGGAGAUGUAUUAUUCACGAACGAACCAGCAUCGGAGCGUCGUCUGCUGAUCCUGUUCCGAGCGAAUCGCGCGACGGCGUCUUCAUCAGCGACUAUGUCACGGUCGAAGUCGGCGCGAUACUCGAAUCUGGCGGCACGAUGAUUGGCGAAGGGACAUCGAUUGGUGUGGGUUGCAAGGUUGGUAAAGGAGCGAAGCUGGGCAAGCAUUGCACCUUGACGCCGAAGUCUGUUGUACAACCGAGAGAGAUAAUACCGGACUUCACGGUCAUCUACUCCAACGGCAUAAGACGAACCGACAAACGUGGAAUUACGGACCUGAAGAAUAAGGCGCAAGCCCGACAGAUCGAGGUGCUACGAAAGCUCAUACCUAGCAACCCCUCCAAGUUCCAAUGA